CAUUCCAGAUCUAGAAAACCUUACAGAAAACCGCAGCCAAAUAAUACUAGACCCUACUCAUAGUGUUGUGUUCCUGCCGAUGAGUAAGGUUGUCAGAGCUGUACAAGAGUGCGGAGUGUUAAUGUCGGAAACGAGCUUGUAACUUCUCUGGAGUUGCAGGCGUACUAAGGCUACGGAGACUGCUUACUAUCAGGCGGGCCGUAUGUUUGAUUGCCAUUGACGGAGUAUUGAAAAAAAGAUCUGAAUUCUCAAAAAGCGAUCUCUUCCAGACAACCUAUGCGAAACUACGAAAGAUAGGAAUGCAUACAGUUCUAUUUUUACUCCGGUAGUAAUCUCGAAAAAUCUCGUAUCAUCUUUUGGGUUGCAGGCAUUUAUAGGCUAUGGUAGCCACUUAUCAUUAUCAGCCGGACAAAGUUUAUAUGCCACUGACAAAAUAUCCCUUGAAUUCGUGUAAGAUUUUAUAUUUUUAUUCUGUAGUAAUUUUCUGCAAUACGUGAUAAGUCUAUGUGAAAAACUGUAAAAUAUUCUUGUAAAUAUUUGAUAAAUUCAAUACCUAUCUUUGUAUUCAAAAGAUCUCACAAGGUAAAAAUAUCUUUAAACACAGCUGGAGAAUGCAAUUUCAUCUUUAGAUUACUCUAAUUAUAAUACAUGUCAAAAAUACGGCACGCUUAAAAAUAGAAAUCAUCGAUGUCAACAAUUCCUUUAACCGUUUUCUAUAAAACUAUCUACAAUGCAUCCUUUUCUGACAAGCUCAUUUAGAAAGAGAGUUACCAAACUGCUUUUAGCAUUGCGUUUCAGUACCUUCCAUAUUCAAAAUUCAGCAUUCGCUAUUCAGUACCGCGCCGGCCGUCAGAGCGAACGGGCGUACGUUUCGCGUUGAAAACGAGCUGAUCACGUGUAUAUUUAAAAUACGUUCUUAUAUAGUGUGUUAAAUUAAACUGGUGUUAUGUGGUGUAAGUUUAGUGCCAAGUGUGUAACGUUGGGAUAUUUAGCGACGUUGGAUGUCAUUUUCUUCAGAUUUUUCAUUGGAUUGCAACAUAAAAUCAACCAACAGUGAGGUGUUAAAACAAUUUCAACAAUUUAAAAGUGAAAUUGCAUAAAGAAUUAGAAAAAGUAUACCAACUGAUUCGUAAAAAGUGAACAGAUUUCAACCAAUUUUAAGUGAAACAAAGUGUAAGUGUAAAUAAAAAUAUACGCAUUAAAUCUAAAUAAUAAAAUAUAGUGAAACAAUAAAAGUUCGAGUAUAAAAAAUGUGUGAAAGAAAUAAAAUUUUAGUGUAAAAAUAGUGACAGAAGUAGAUGUGGCGCGCGUGGGGCUGCAGAGGCCCGCGGGUCAAUGGUACCACUGGCGGUGUUCCUGGCACUUGCUUCCAUAAUCGGCACAACCGCACCAGCUGAUCAUGGUCGCAAUCUGAGCCCUGACCACGAGCACGGGACCAAUACUAGGCUAGCACACUUACUACAUAGUAAACACGCCAUGACACAAUAUAGAAAAAAGCGGGACACAUCAGACGACCCUCGAUGUGCCCCCUUCAUGUAUGAACCCGGCAAGCGGGCGCUGUCCAACCCCAUGAAUCCUGAAGAUCAGGGCAAGCCGAGUGACAAAUUAACAUACUCGAACCGUACCACGUGCAUUACGACUAUAGACGCCGGUGGUGGUGGACAAGUGAUAGUUCUGUCAUUUGUCGACAAAUUUCAUAUGGAAGAUCGUCCGCCAAAGUGCGAAUACGACUUUUUAGAGAUAAGAGACGGGAAAUUCGGCUACGCUCUGCCUGCGUACAAGUUCUGCGGGAACAGCUUCCCCCCUACCAUCACGUCCGCCGGCCCCUACUUGUGGCUGAAGUUUCAGUCGGACGACAGCAUCGAAUACUCCGGCUUCAAGAUUAAUAUCGAGAUUCAGCCGAAUAGCAUGAGUCGUGAUUAUACUAUACAAGUUUGGUGGGAACAGCUUCCCACCACCAUGACGUCAGCCUGUCCGUGCCUGUGGCUGGAGUUGCAGCUGGACGACAUCAUCGAGUACUCUGGCUUCAAGAUUAAUAUCGAGUUUCAGCUGAAUAGCAUGAGUCGAGAAAUACCCGAAUCCUGCAUAAUAAAUAAAAAAGACGAAAAGUUUGGCUGGAUCGCGUCUGAAGACGAGGACGCCGACGCUUGCCGCAAAGAGAGCCCCAACACCCUGGACAUCCAGUGGAGGAUCGAGACUCCCGCGAACACGAGGAUCUACUUAAACUUCACUGAAUACAAGUUGUCAUUUCCGAAUGAGUGUGAGGAUAACCUGGUGCAAGUAUUUGGUGCGGAACCUAAUUUUGACCACAAGCUAGCGUUUUACUGUGGUUCCGUGGCCAACCCCGUGACCACAAAGGUGGAGGAUGACGGACUUGGCCCCAGCAACGUCAUGUACGUCAGGAUGUUCGCCACCAACAAGGCCAAGGCGUCACAUUUCCAAGCCCAUUUCACUUCCUUCCGAACUCUGAAAGGAGAUGGUAAGUUUAUUUUAUUAGGUUUUUUUGUAAUUAUUAUGGAGACAGUAACCGCAUCGCAUCGCAUUAAUUUGUUGACAGAGUCGUGUGACGCCACGGAACUGGACUGCCAAGAUGGUACAUGCAUCGACUCCACUUUAGCGUGCAACGGCAUCGCUGACUGCAGGCUCAAAUCGGACGAAGACUCUGAGAGCUGCAAGGAAGCGGCGCAAUCCCUGGUGAAGGAGCCCCACAUCCUGGUGAUCCUGGUGAUCUUCUCCCUGAUCCUGUCCGGAAUGAGUCUCGUGUUCCUCUUCAAAUGCAUCCGGAAGCUGCACCAGGACCACAAGUAUAUCAAAGAGCACCUAGCCAAAUCCUGCGAAGAUCGACUGGACAAGCUCGCGGAGACCCAACUAACCCUGGACCCUAAUCUCUUGGACCCUGAGCCUCGAGCUAGCCUGGAGCGAGAGAACCACACCAACGAGAUGUACAAGCAGCAGAGAAACAAGCGGAAAUCAAGCAGCAUCGAAUCCGACUUUCUCCAUCGCGACACCUCCCUGGACCGCAACCAUGACUGGCCAGAGAGCGUGCCCGUCCCAACCGAGGAAAUCAGGAUAGAGUACAAGGGAAGGCCGAGACGGAGCGAUACCAGCAAAAAAGAAGAGUCACUCAGGAGCAAAGGUUCCAAGGAGGAAGAAAGGAAGGAAAUCAGAGACGUCUCUGUGGGAGCUCCUGAUACCAAGGAAUCUGGAUGUCAAACGAGAGAAAGUUUGUUCCAAAUGGAUACUGCUCCUAGUUCUGAUGGAACAAACUCGUCCAACAGCCGCGGGUUCUCGACGUUCGGCUACUCGGGCGCCACCAUCGUUCAACCUUCACCUGCGCCCGCUAACACUUCGGAGAUAACUAUAGAACUGCUGAGACAGGUCACCCCGCAGGAGUCUAUCAAACAAAAGAAAUUCGACCGUCGACCCAUGAGCUCGGAAACCACCCGCUCAGCGCCCGACGUCAUCAUCGUCUCCAAGCCGAUUCGCUGAGGAUGACCCUCGGGGCCCCCGCCUUGGGCCCCGACUCCGCCCCCCUCCUGGGUCCUGCCCCCCCGGCACCGCCCGGAGGGCUGCCUCUAUGACCACACGAAAAGCGUAUCUUUUGAAGAUUAUGACGGUUAUUACAGUCAGUAUUUUGACGAAGGACCAAAGUUGAUUUAUGACUAUUGUUUAAAAAGUGACUUUUAUAAGAGAUCUAAGACACUGCCAAGGAAUCUUGGGUCCUCGGUGGAUAAAGUGUACCCAGAAAGUGUACAGAGGUGUUUUUGUGAAACGGAUUAUAGAAAAAGGGUGGUGGUUAAAGCAGAUGUGGAGCCGAAUAGAUAGCAUUCGAUGAGGUUCUAGACUUGGAAUAUUAAAGCCUAGAAUCCUAAAGCAUACCUUUCAAAAGUGGAGCUAAAAAUAUGACUAAAGUACCAAGCUAACGUUUUAGAGUUAAUAAAGACUGGAGACCAAAUUAACUUUGCAAAGAGUGUUAGUGAUUUAUAUUUAAAAAAUGCCGAAUUCCCGCAGCGGGAGGGGAAAACAUGGCUAGUUCUGCUAGGCGUUGGGUGGGCCAACACACCAUCGCCCAAUUAAACACAGUUUAAUAAAGUUUAUUACUGAUACUGACCAACUAUAGCCUAUCCUUGUCUAGCAUUGUUAUAUGUCAGAGCAGUACAAAACCAAUUUUUGGCACUCAGCUUUCCAUCAAGAAAGAGUACUUACACAUUGUCCCGCAGCGGGACACCGGCAGACAAGCUAAUAUUCUCUCCUGACAUCAGCGGGAGUACAGCAUACGUCCAGACAUAUACAAAAUGGCGUCUGACACACAAAGGGUUAUGGUACUUUCACUCUGUCUGAGUAAGAUUAGAUGGACUACUGCAAUGUAUAGAAACUAGUUGUGACUGCUACAGUUAUUGGCCACUCUUAACAAUAAAACUUCUAUUGUUGUUUCUUUCUAAUUUAUUAAGCGUAGCCAAUGGAAGGGCCAAUAUCUCUAACAGUCACCCUAUUUCAGAAUGAAACAAAAAGGCUUCACUGCGGUUGCCGACAUCUUCAAGGUUUUAUUAUUCUUUGAUUCUAGACUUGUGUCUAAUCGAGGGCUUGGUUUGAGGCUUGUUUGUUAGUCUCCUGUUUCACCAUCGCUACUGUCCAAUGGCGCAUUUUAGUGGCAUUCUGUUGAACUUUGUUACAAGCUAUUACUUAACUUGCAAUGUAACUAUGUAGUUUGUACGGGUCAAAUCUUGCAAGUUAAAUUUGAUCCACUUCCCGACUUUCAAUGAAGCUGAAAAUUUGCAUACAUAUGUAAGUCAGGUGACAAUGUAAUAUUAUGGUACCAUCGAGCUGAUCUGAUGAUAGAGACGAGAGGUGGCCAUAGGAAUUCUGUGAUAGAACAACGCAACCUAAUUGUGUUUGGGAUUUUUAGAAUUAUGGAAAGAAAAGUACAGUCAGCGAUAAAAUCUUGUACCAAAAAUUAUCUCUUUCCGAAAACUUAUUUUCCAUUGUGUUUGGAGCUGAAAACUCAAAACAUGAAUCUUGAUUUAAAAAGGAACAUCCAGUUUCAAGUUCAACUGGAUUCCUUUUGAAAUCAACUUCAGAGGUAAUGCAAAAAAGCGUACUACAAAUACUCGAGACUAGCCAAAUAAAAAGGACUCAUACUAUGAGAAAGACUGAGUCAUUGCACUAGAUCGAACACUCUUGCUUAUGCACCACACGAUGAAAUUUAAUCGGUUAUCAGGAGCUGAAAAAUAUUAAUUACAAUAUUAAAUUUAAAUUUCAUGCAUUUUAGGUGAACGUCAAAUGCGAUGGUGAAAAGGGAACUUCGGCGUGUAAAAAAUGUAGUAAUUGUUGGACAAUACACUUUCUAGAAUUAAUAAGAACCAAGUUUAAACUAAACCAAAUUACUAGAGUAUCGUUAUUAAUGCGAA